CGCCACGUGACCGCUAAAAAUGACAACCUACUUGCACCCGGCUGUCAAUUAAAGAUCGCUAUUUGAUCACAAAUAUGCGUUUUGAACACAUUAUUUAAAUAAUUUACAUUACAUGUGCAUUGUAAUUUAAUUAUAAUUUGCAGUAUGAUAUCGACGAGAUACGUAUCAUUCCUCUCGGGAAUAGUGAUAGCUUCUUUAACAUGGGCUUUCAGUUUGUAUCUCUAUUCAAGAUUGUCGCAGAACAGCAUUGCUGCCAGUCCCACAAUGUUUGUGCCUGGCAUUUCCAUUCAUAGAGAUAAGGAAAUCGACAAAGAAAUCAUGUUACGCGACAAUGUUAUCGUCGCUCACGAAAAACAAACUCUAUCUGAUAAGAAAUCCUACAAUUUUAAGGACAAUAAAGAUUAUAGGAACAACAAUCUGCUCUUACAACAAUUACAACCUGUUCCAGUAAAACCUGCAGUUACUUUGGAUAAAGAUUUAGAUGAAUUGGGCAUGGUAAAAAAUGUAGAGGAUCAACGAAAAAGAGAUGUUGGAUACAAAAAUUAUGCAUUCAAUGUUCUGAUAUCGGAUAAUCUUGGGGUACGAAGAAAUAUACCAGACACGAGACACAAACUGUGCAAAACGCAAAGAUAUUCUUCCAAUUUGCCAAAUGCCAGUAUAAUUAUUUGUUUCUACAAUGAGCAUUAUACAACGCUGUUGCGAUCCUUACAUUCCAUUUUCGAAAGAACGCCAACGGCUCUCCUGCAUGAAAUUAUUUUGGUUAAUGAUUAUAGCGAUAGCGAUAUAUUGCAUGAAAAGAUACAUGCAUAUAUCAAGAACAAUUUCGAUGCUAGAGUACGAUUGUUUAAAACUGAAAAAAGAGAAGGGUUAAUCAGAGCACGAGUUUUUGGAGCGAGAAAAGCUACCGGCGAUGUUCUAAUCUUUCUGGACAGCCAUAUAGAAGUAAAUGAAAUAUGGAUAGAGCCACUUCUAUCAAGAAUUGCUUAUUCGAAAACUAUCGUACCAAUGCCGGUAAUCGAUAUAAUUAAUGCGGAUACAUUCCAAUAUACUGGCAGUCCAUUGGUGAGAGGUGGAUUUAACUGGGGUCUUCACUUUAAGUGGGAUAAUUUACCAAUUGGAACAUUAAAACAUGACGACGAUUUUAUAAAACCUAUCAAAUCACCAACUAUGGCCGGCGGAUUGUUCGCUAUUGAUAGAGAACAUUUUAUAAAGAUAGGAGAAUACGACACUGGUAUGGAUGUUUGGGGUGGAGAAAAUCUUGAAAUAUCAUUCCGAAUAUGGAUGUGUGGUGGUAGUAUCGAGUUAAUUCCUUGUUCACGAGUAGGUCAUGUAUUCAGAAGACGACGGCCGUACGGCUCAGAUGAUCCGCACGACACCAUGUUAAAAAACUCUUUGCGAGUUGCGUAUGUGUGGAUGGAUGAGUAUAAAGAUUAUUUCCUGAAAAAUGCCAAAACAAUUGAUUACGGUGAUAUUUCGGAACGGCUAGCACUGCGCCAGAAACUACAGUGCAAGACUUUUGACUGGUACCUGAAGGAGGUUUAUCCAGAGUUAACAUUACCCGAUGAUACAGAAAAACGACUAAAGGAUAAAUGGUCCAAACUCGAGCAAAGGCCGAUGCAGCCUUGGCAUUCAAGGAAAAGAAAUUAUACCGAUCAGUAUCAAAUCAGACUUUCAAAUUCUGUACUCUGUAUUCAGAGUGAAAAGGAUAUUAAAACUAAAGGCUCGAAAUUGAUUUUGAUGCCGUGUUUAAGAAUUAAAUCACAGAUGUGGUACGAGACCGAUAAAAACGAACUAGUUCUUGGUCAAAUGCUUUGCAUGGAAGGAGCUGAGAAAAUUCCAAAACUUGGAAAGUGUCAUGAAAUGGGUGGAAAUCAAGAUUGGCGCCAUAAACGCAUUAGUGGUACACCUAUCUACAACAUGGCAGCAGGAACCUGUCUAGGAGUGACAAACGAUGCAAGAAAUGCACAAGUCGUUAUGGAUUUGUGCACAAAAUCAAAUACAGCCCUGAUAACUUGGGAUCUUGUCCGAUCAAGAAUUCAAUCUAAGGAAAUUAGAUGACGUAGAAAGAAAGGUCGUAAAAAUAGGAAAAGGGAUUACGAAGACUGGCUUGGAAGAAGAUGGUAGAUUAGAUUUUAUUAGUAAAUUGUAUAUAUCCGAUAAAUUAUUGUAAUUAGAGAAAAUAUUUCAUGCGUUGAACUCUAAAGUAAUUCUACAAGAAACAUUAAGAAGCCAAUUAAGUUCUAAACAAUUGAAAGUAUCGUGAUUGUAUAGGAAAUUGAAUCUCUUCGAAAUCGUGUAUAUAUAGAUAUAAGAAACUUUCUCUUGUAAUUCUUUUACUUUUUCUGUAUACAAGAAUAUGUUUAAGUUUUUCUAUUUAUAUUUGAUAAUUUUAUAUGUAAAGUUUAAGAGUAACAA